AUGGUAAACAUGGAGACAUUCGGGCUUGACCUUAAUCAUCUCAUGAGUAUCUUCAAAGAAUCCGAGACAUAUCGAGCACUUGCUUUUUUCGCAACAAUGUCUGAGUUCAUCAUUAAUGUGUUGUGCAAGAAUCUGGGCAGCUUCUUAAUGGUGGCGGUAGCGAGCCCUAGCAAUUCAGUCAAAAGAGUUAGAAGAAUCGAAACCUUAUUAACUACUGUUGUGGUUGUGGAACUCAAGAAGGAAGAAAAAGACGGUGAGGAUGAGGACAAUUGCAAAGACAAAAAUAAGUAUUAUGAGGAGGGCAUGACCAUGGAGUAUUUGACAACUGAAGAGACCAUGGGAGAGAUAUUGGGUGGCGGAGGAAGUGGUGGCUAUGGAGUG